CUGGGCCCAGAAGGCGGCAGCAGAGCAGAAGGCCUCCUCCCUGCCACGGGCGGCGCAGCUCCACGGGGGGGCGAACGCCAUCAGCAAGGGUGAGAAGCGGCCCCGCGCAGCCCGCCAGGAGCUCGAGCAGAAGCAGGCGGCGCGUAGCCUCGUCGAGGCCCAGCUCCAGAAGGCCCAGGAGGAGCUCGCGGAGCUCGGCGCGGAGGUUGAGGAGGCGAGCCGUGCGCUCCAGGCGCUCGAGGAGGCGGCCCGCGAGGAGGCCGAGGCGCUGCGCCGCCAGCGCGAGGUGGCCUGGGCAGCCGUCCGCGCCCAGGUGGAGGCGGUGCGGGCGCAGCUCGCGGGGGUAGCGGUAGCUCCUGGCAGCCACAGCCAGCCGCAGAGCGAGGCCAAGCCGAGCGGCGUGGCAAGGCGCAUGGCGAGUGGCCGACGGUGGCUCAGGCACGCAAGCGGGAGCUGGCUGCAGAGGCAGCGGACCUGGCUCCUCUGGCUGCUCGUCAUGCCGGCCGCGCCGCUGGGAGCCGCGUCGGAGGAGCGCCGCCAGGGCCAACGAAUGCCUAGUGAGACCAGUGCGGCGGGCCUGCACCAGCACGAGUGCGGCCACGCCGAGGGCGCCCUGGUGGAGUCCCACGGCAUCGACGUCAGCGACCCGCCCAGGUACCUGGGGCACGCCGCAGGGCCCAGCAUUGUCCUCAUGCCCCAGGGCGCGGAGGAGAACGAGGUCGGGGCCCACGUGUUCGGCACUGGCGAGUGGAGCGACCCCAUUGGCCAAGCAGGCGUACCUGGGCACCCCGAGGCGAUGGCAAAGAGUGCGGGCCUGCAGCAGCCAGCCGAGCUGCCACUCAGGGCACGCGCUCGGAGGCUGGAGGCGGCAGCAGCCAGGCGCGCCAGGGCCGCCACCGUGGUGCGCUGUGCCUCGCCCGCCGACGCGGUGGUGCGGCCCCUGGAGCGGUUCGGCUGGUACUUCGAGCCUGAGCGGGGCAUGGUCGUGGACCUCGGCGACGCGUUCGAUCCCAUGUUCCUCGGGCCUCGGGCGAUGAGCUUUGAGGCAAGUUCGGUUGCUCUGCAGGCCUCCAACCGCCAUGGGGGGCAGAAGCUCAGCGGCGACCCCCUCUUGCUGCGGCUGUUGUUCGGGGACGCCAUCGGACAACUGCUCGGGCCAGGAAUCGAGCUGCACGCGAAGGGACAGCAC